UGACCUCAGGAACCUGUCCCUCUCUGGCCACGUGGGCUUUGACAGCCUCCCUGAUCAGUUGGUCAACAAGUCCACGUCGCAGGGCUUCUGCUUCAACAUCCUCUGUGUGGGAGAAACUGGCAUUGGCAAGUCGACCUUGAUGGACACCCUCUUCAACACCAAGUUUGAGAGCGACCCCGCCACGCACAACGAGCCCGGCGUGCGGUUGAAAGCCCGGAGCUACGAGCUGCAGGAGAGCAACGUGCGCCUGAAGCUGACCAUCGUGGACACCGUGGGCUUUGGGGACCAAAUCAACAAGGAUGACAGCUACAAGCCCAUCGUAGAAUACAUCGAUGCCCAGUUUGAAGCCUACUUGCAAGAAGAGCUGAAGAUCAAACGAUCCCUGUUCAACUACCAUGACACCAGAAUCCAUGCCUGCCUGUAUUUCAUUGCCCCAACUGGGCACUCGCUGAAGUCCCUGGACUUGGUCACCAUGAAGAAGCUCGACAGUAAGGUGAACAUCAUCCCCAUCAUUGCCAAGGCUGACACCAUUGCAAAAAACGAGUUGCACAAGUUCAAGAGCAAGAUCAUGAGCGAGCUGGUCAGCAACGGCGUCCAGAUCUACCAGUUCCCCACGGAUGAGGAGACAGUGGCUGAGAUAAAUGCCACGAUGAGUGUCCACCUUCCUUUUGCUGUGGUUGGCAGCACUGAAGAAGUGAAGAUUGGCAAUAAGAUGGCAAAAGCCAGGCAGUACCCCUGGGGUGUUGUGCAGGUUGAAAAUGAAAACCACUGUGACUUUGUGAAGCUGCGGGAGAUGCUGAUCCGAGUGAACAUGGAGGACCUGAGGGAGCAGACGCACACCCGGCACUACGAGCUGUACAGGCGCUGCAAACUGGAGGAGAUGGGGUUCAAGGACACAGAUCCAGACAGCAAGCCUUUCAGUCUCCAAGAGACAUACGAAGCAAAGAGGAACGAGUUCCUGGGUGAGCUCCAGAAGAAGGAGGACGAAAUGAGGCAGAUGUUCGUCAUGCGGGUGAAGGAGAAAGAAGCAGAGCUGAAGGAAGCAGAGAAAGAUCUUCAUGAAAAGUUUGACCAUCUAAAGAGGACUCACCAAGAAGAGAAGAAAAAAGUGGAAGACAAAAAGAAGGAACUUGAGGAAGAGCUCAACAACUUUCAAAAGAAGAAGGCAGCAGCUCAGCUAUUACAGUCACAGGCUCAGCAGGCAGGUUCUCAACAAACCAAGAAAGACAAGGACAAGAAAAAGUAA